UUUGCACCUGCUUGUCUGUUCCUGGUGCGUCAAUCAAAGAAACCGAUCACUCUUUGCAGCAAGUAGAGGUUCCCUGGAAUUCCUCUUUUGCAUCACCUGCUGCAGGAAAAGCUUCAGGGCCACAAGAGAAACUUCAGCAAAGGGAGGUGUAGUCCAGCCUGCCACACACCAGGAUGCUCCUGAAAGCUGCUUGCCUGCUCCUCUCCUGCCUCUUGCUCUGCUCAGCAGAUCAGUAUCAGCAGGAGGCAGAGAGAAUCAUGAGGACAUCACCUGUGAUAGAUGGGCACAAUGACUUACCUUGGCAGUUGCUGAAAAAAUUCAACAACCAACUGUCUCUGAAGUCUGCAAAUCUGACCACGCUGAAUGACACUCACACGAACAUCCCAAAGCUGCGUCUUGGACACGUGGGAGCACAGUUCUGGGCUGCCUAUGUGCCCUGCGAAACCCAGAACAAAGAUGCUGUCAAGAGAACCUUAGAGCAGAUUGACGUCAUCCAUCGCAUGUGUCACCACUACCCGGAUGACUUUGAGUGUGUCACUAGCAGUGCAGGUAUCCAGAAUGCUUUCACCAAUGGACGGGUGGCCAGUCUGAUUGGCGUGGAGGGUGGGCACUCGAUAGACAGCAGCAUGGCCGUCCUGCGCACCUUCUACCAGCUAGGGGUGCGCUACAUGACCCUCACCCACAGCUGCAACACACCCUGGGCUGAUAACUGGCUGGUGGACACCCCGGAGGAGGAACCAGUUCACAAUGGCUUGACUGAAUUUGGGAAGCGCUUGGUCAGGGAGAUGAACCGUCUGGGAAUGAUGGUGGAUUUGGCUCACGUCUCUGUGAAGACAAUGAAAGAUGCUUUGAAUGUCUCCAGAGCACCUGUGAUAUUCAGCCACUCCUCAGCCUAUGCCAUCUGCAAACACCGGCGCAAUGUGCCAGAUGAUGUCCUCCGCGAAGUGAACAAGACCCGUGGCCUUGUGAUGGUGAACUUCUACAACACCUAUGUGUCCUGUAGCUCCAAAGCCAACCUUACACAGGUUGCAGACCACAUGGACUACGUAAAGCAUGUUGCUGGACCAGAGGCAGUUGGCUUUGGAGGAGACUAUGAUGGUGUUCCCAGUGUCCCAGAUGGUUUGGAAAAUGUCUCCAAAUACCCAGACUUAGUUGCAGAGCUGCUGAGGAGGAACUGGACUGAGAAGGAAGUGAGAGACGCCCUGACCAACAACUUGCUGCGGGUCUUUGAGAGUGUGGAGCAGGUACGGGACGCAAUGGCCCAUGAAAAAAUAGUUCCUGAUGAUGGACCCAUUGACUUUAAGAACUUGGAGGGGACAUGCCGAACAGACUAUGGGUACUCUAGCAAUGGAGACCAUCCCAAACUGCUGCCUGCUGUGCUCACACUCCCUGUCCUCCUUGUGUUGCGCUGGUAGAAGCUUCAGCACCUCCCGUCUUGGUGACCUCAUGGAAUCUGACUGGUUGAAACAUCCCUCCUACCACAAACCAGGCUGCACCCUUGCCCAAACGCUUUAGGAAAUUCAACUGAACUAUCGAUGAAUGCGUUUCCAGCUGUUCCCCCCGUCUGGUAGCUUUGGCCCCAGUUCCUCCACCCCCAAUAACUGAAAAGCAAAGGGCACCAUGCCCAUCCAACCCAUGGCAACCAAGCUGGACUCAUCAGCCUAACAGACCUUCCAAAGUGUGGCUUCCAAGAACACUGAGGACCAAGUUACCUAUCAGUCCCAGCCAACCUGGUCAAUGGCCAGAGUUGGUAGGAGCUGCAGUCCAGCAAAUAAAGAAGAGGCCAUUACAGCAGCUACCCUACCUUUGUAUGUCCUUUAUAGGACACAGGUCCUGCUUGCAGGCUUCCCUUAGGCAUCUGGAGCUGUAGUUCAAUGGUAGGACAUCUUGCUUUGCAUGCAGAAGGUCCCAGGUUCAAUCCCCAACAUCCCCAGGUAGGGCUGGGAGAGAACUCUGUCUGAUAUCCAGGAAAGCUGCUGCCAGUCAGUGUGGGCAAUACUGAGCUAGAUGGGCCAGUGGUUUGACAGCUUCCUAUGCCCUAUGGCUGGCCACUGAGCAAACAGGCUGCUGGACUGGACUGGACUGCUUUGGCCUGAUCCAGCAGAGCUCUUCUGACAUUCUUGCAUCCUCUCCCAACAGUCCAGCAUGACGUUUCCUCCUUUCUGGAGUCAUUCAUGAGCAACCUUUACUCCAGCACUCUCCUGCUCUUUCCCCUUCUAUCCUCACUGCGCUUAAGUACUGGUGGGGGACCCCCUCACAUGUUCUGUACUGCAGUAAUGCCAAGCACACUCCUAGGUCUAAGUAAAAGUUUAACUGCUGUUCAAAGGAGACCAGCUGCC